AUGGGAGAUUCUCGCGACAAGUUGAAGCACUUGGUUCCAGGUAAGUUGGUCACUGAACACACUCAGACUUGCAAGCGAGGAGUGCACAAGUGCAGCUUGUGCGCCGUGCAGCAGUCAUGGUCACUUUACAAAAAACCAUGGCUGAGAGUGCUUCUGGUCGAUGGAGAAUCCAAGCUCGGCUGCAGCUUAUGCGCGAAAGCCGGUCUGGAGGGCCCAUGGGCCAACUUUGAACAAACUCCGACUUCCGUGUUGAAGAAACACAACUUGGAGAGGCAUGAGAAGUCCAAGGGACACAUGACAGCAAGCCAAGAUGAUCUUUGCGGAGCCCCUAGCGACGAGGCUUUUAAGUCAAGUUUGCAGGGUAUGACGCAAGGACAAUCUGCGAGACAAGGUGGCGGAUCGUCCGAUAAAAAAACUCAAGUGCGGUAUGCCCUCUCGGAAGCAGUUUGUGCUCGCAACAGGACUUUGCUGGCAGAGUCUCGCUGCAUCUCAUUGAUGAGAGACGAACGCAAAGGAAAUCUUCUUGUGCGCUUCCGCGCUGUUCUACCGGACCUAACCACCAUCAGUGGCGCGCUUGGCUUGCAGCCUGUGACAGGUUCUGCUGAGUCCAUAGCUGAAGCAACUGCUGAAAUCAUGCAGAACUUCUGCCAACCGAUGCGGCAGCCUCCCAGACAAGCCAAGGAAAGCGAGCAGCCGGUCGACUCUGAACUUCUACGGAAGAUUCAGGACAGGGUCACCAUGGUGGCCAGUGACGCUGCUGCAUCCGAACUUUUAGCAGGUGACUUAGAGAGAGGGCGCCGUAGGGCCGCGACCGACUUUCAAUCCAAAUUUACAAAUUGCAAGAUCGUCGGCAGAGAUGCGGCGCAUGCAUCGACCCGUCUCUUGAAGAGACCAUUCCUUGCAUUGGAACCUGUCAAAAGUUUGACAAACGAAUGGAUCCAUGGGUCCGAAAGCUUCGCUCAGAAGGUGCACCACAGCCACAUCCUCAGCCAAUGGUGGGCCAAGGCCGUCCAAUGCAAAGAGGACUCCGACUUGACUGGAAACCUUUGCACCUCCAUGUCUGCGGCGAAGCACAGGUUCUCGUCAUACUUGAAUCCUCUCAGCCGGAUAAUUCGGAAUUUGCAAGCAGCUUUCAAUGUGUGCGGCAGGGUCCAAGCCAUGCGAGGUGCUGAGGCAACUUGGGCAACCAAGCUUUGCCAAAAUUUCAGUUCGUUCAAAGCAGCUUUGCUUGCAAUGAUUACCGACGCUGCAGCUAUCAGCAACGACUACACAAGGGAAUGCGACCGUGAAGACAUUGAUGAAUGGGUGUCUCUCGUGGAGGAAGUCGUCGCGCAUGAGUUUCCGAGUUGGCACUUGGCGGCGGCAUUUCAAGUUUUUCAUUUGUCUGACUGCGUAAGAGGCCGUGACUGCAGUGCGGAUGUUUUACGGAACUUGGAGAGGCUGGCUCAAGUGUAUUCGGUACCUUUUGAGGCACUGAAGCAAGAGUAUGCCCGCUUGCUGCCCAUUGCUGCAGCUUUGAAGAAGCAAGCAGGUUUGAGUAACAGAGAAGCAUGGAGGGAAGCCCUUCAACGGACAAGCAGUCGGAAAGGUGCCCAGGGAAGGAAGUAUGAGGCCACGGCCCUGAUACAAGUCAUGGCAGCUUAUCAAUGUUGGACCGCAGCCACAAGUGGAGUGGAGCAACAAUUCUCGAAGCUCAAGAGAAGUCCUGUGGAACUUUCCAACGCUUCUGUGGACACAGACCGUCGCCUUGCAAUUGUCAUGGGCGAUGGGCAGGCCAGGAGCCCAGCAGUGCAACCUGAAGUGAUUCAAGCCGCUCGACGAAUCUACGCUUCCCUACUGUCCAGUGGAAGGUCCCGGCCGCGGACAAAACCAAGGUUCGAUUGUGGUGUCACAGGCAAAGUGAAGACCGGAUCUUUUGCCAACUGGAACCGCACAAGAAAGAAAGCAUUGCUGGAAGCAGUGCAAAAAUGCGAAACACCUCCUCGGAAACCUUCCGAGCUGUUGACAGCUGAGGCUCUGGCAGAUGGCUGUUUGUUGCCGGAUGAGGUCACCCAAGAGGUUCAGGAAGAGGCCUUGCGACUGACCAAAGCAAACCGACAAGGUCUCAGUGGCCCAGCGUGGUGUUGCUCCAAGAUGGAAGGCGGCAAGGCGCAAGCAGUGUCUCAAUCUUUGACGGCACAUGGGGUUGCGACGAGAACUCAGGACCUGCGGCAAGCCAAGCUCUUCGUGGUCUCAAACUUCGUUAGGGUGCAAAGAAAAGUGCGUUUCAUGGCUGCUCUGAGUGGAUCCGUCUUGAUGUCAGCUUCUGCUUUGCUUGGAGCAGGAGGUGUGAAGUUGACGUUUCACCCGGGUCAGGAGAUACAAGUUGCAAUCUUCGUGACUGACACUUUCAAGGCCGAAGAGCCAGGAAUGACUCUACUGCUACGUGAGGCAUGUGCCCGUGGGUGGCAGGCAGUGAGGGCGGAAGAUUUGAAAGGCCGCGGGCGAAAGCCCAGUCUCCAUCUCAGGGGUGCGGGGGAGGCCAUCCCAGCUGGUUUCAACAAAACCAGGGUGAAGUGUUUUACUGUCACCGAAUUUUUGCGUUGGCUCACGGCAACUUGUCUCAACAAGACGGCAAGCUCCCGUGUGAAGAUAGCAGCUGCUUGA